AGAGGCGAGUAAGCGGUCGCGUCGCGUUGUGUUGGAUCCGGGAAUUUCUGAGUUGCCCUUAUUUUGUUGACAUUAAGAUAAUCAUUUUCUUGAUCAUGUGGAGUGUUUGGAGUUAAUUGUGUGCGUGGUGUGCCGAACGUGGUGUGAUAUUAGUGGAGUGCUGAAUGUGCCUUUCCAACGCGACUGCUAGAAUUUUGUUAAGUGAGUUAGUGUUGUGAUCGCGCGUUAAAAUCUUCGACCGAGUGCGCUCUACAGUAGUGUCCGGUGGAUAUUUGGCUUAUUACUGUGGAUAUAUAUUUACUCGGCGAUCAUCUGCUGCCAAAAGGAUAUAUAUUCUGAGCUAUGUAGGUCAGCAGAUGAAGCCAGCGAGGGCAUGGCAGCAGCGAAGCUUCGGGAAGCCGCCGCCAGAGGAAAUCUACAGGAAGUCCUUCGCCUCGUAGAAGACGGAGCUAAAAUACAAACGGACGAGAAUGGACGAAAUGCCUUGCAUCUGGCGUCGUCUGCUGGCCAUGCCGAUGUCGUCGCGGCGCUUAUUCUUGCCGGAUGUGAUGUCAAUGUAUCGGAUUCGUCGGGGUGCACAGCGCUGCAAAGGGCGGCAGCUGAGGGACAUCUGGAGGUGGUCAAGCAGCUCAUCAAACAUGGGGCCGACGUCAAUCGUCAGGACAAUGUGCAUGGCAACACUGCACUGCAUGAAGCAAGCUGGAAGGGCUACAGUCGCAGUGUGGCAGCCUUAGGAAAGGCAAGAGCCAACCUGCACCUCAAAAACUGUGGAGGAUUUGCAGCACUACACCUCUGUUGUCAAAAUGGACAUAACCAGAGUUGUAGAGAACUACUGCUGGCAGGCUGUAAUCCUGACCUACAGAACAAUUAUGGGGACACACCACUGCACACUAGUGCAAGGUACGGCCAUGCAGGGGUCACACGUAUCCUCAUCAGUGCACAGUGUCGGGUGUCUGACCAAAACAAGAAUGGGGACACUGCACUGCAUAUAGCUGCAGCAAUGGGAAGGCGAAAGCUGACUAGGAUACUACUGGAAGCAGGAUGUGACAAGAGCCUGAAGAAUAAGCAAAGUGAGACUGCACGGGACAUUGCAACGCGGAAAGACUUGAACGAAAUACUGGUCAUUCUGAACAGCCCAUCUGCGACUCGACCCAAGAGCAAAUCAGGAAAGACUGGCCAGGAAAAGGAUCGUAAUGAGAAGAAACGGGGCAAGAAUGAGAGCGGAACAAGCAGCAAGGACAGUAGUAGCAGGCAGAAAGACAAGAAGAAGCACAAGAACACUCAUAAGGUGCACUUUGAGAAGCCAACUGGCAAACAGUGGUCCCCAUAUGGCUGUCAUUACUAUCCAGACCCCAAAGCAUUCCCACAGCCAAAUCUGGACUCAUUGCCACAUGAGCCUCUCAAAAAAGGGGAACAGUAUUAUCUGGAUCUGGCUGGCAACAUCUGCAAGGGCCCUGUUGGUGUGGGCUACACAUGUUACUGUGCCCCUUUCUUCCGUCAUAUGGAAGCCCGACUAGACAGAGACAAACAGGAAUUAAAGGAACAUAUUGACCAAGCUCACCAAAGACUGGAUCAGAAGGUAUCAAACCUGGAACGCCGUACACAGGGACAACUUUCGGAACUGACUCGAUGUGUUGUAACAGAACGUGCACUGUGUGACCAACGCCACUUACAUCUGGCACAGUGGAUAAAGAGGGGAGCAGCAGGACGCAGCUCUGAACGAGUGCGUGGAACAGAGCCUAUAGAUUCAAUCGGACCUAUACCUGUACCUCGAGCACGGAGCUUGGAACACUUGCUGGAUCAUCAGGCAGAAUGGCAGGAUAAGCAGCAAGAUAUCAUAUCCAAUGUGAAUGCUACAGGAGUUAAUAAGGGUCUACGUAAUCAUCAAGAUCACCGAAGUUUAGAGAUGCUAGCUGAUGAUGAUGGUAUUGCUAGCUGGAGAAGACUUUACUGCAAUUCUUCUCAAGAGUUCUCUUGCAGGGAAAAAAAUUCACAGGCAUAUCAAAGAGCAAAUUUGCAUGAAACUACCACACCACAGCAUCAGCCACAUCACACUUAUGCUCAUGAACUCGCAUGCAGAUUGAAACAAGAUCGUCAAAAAAGUGAGAGGCUCCUUAAAUCUAAACAAGAGCAUAAUAAAAGUUUUGAGACCCUAUUAGACAAAGAUGUAGCUUCCUGGAGAGGUCAACCUCAUCGCAGGUCGGCACAUGAAUUCCCAGCAUCUCAUACAAAUAAUGAAAGUACAAAUAGUCCAGGCAGUCCUAAUAUUCGAGAUAAGCACAAUCGAAGCUUUGAUACACUCUUAGACCACAGGUCAAAUUCAUGGAGAGACCAACAUCACUACAGAUCUGUUAACGAGUUACCUGCAUCUCAACACCAAAGAUCACAUGAUGGUGGCAAUGGACAAGGAAUGUGCCAAUCACAACAAGACUAUAACCAUAGUUUUGAUGUGCUUGUGGAUAAAGGAGUCACAUCCUGGGCAAAUCAGUCACAGCAUAGAAAUAGUGAGAUACACAAAGCUAGGAAGGAAGAUGGUGCCAUUAGUCAUACAUCCUCUUGUUGGAGAGAUAAGAUCCAAAAAGAGAACAAAGAAACAGAGGAGGAAAGGAACAGCGAUACACAAGCAGAAAAUAUGUCACCUGACUGGAGAGAACAGCCACUUCGCAGAUCAGUUCAUGAGAUGGUUGCAAGAUUUCAAAGUGCUCAGCAAACUAGCCAAGUAGUUCCAAAUUGGAAGACCCAGAGUAAAUCAAAACCUGCUGCCACUGAAACUCAAAAGUUCCCUGAAGUGAAACAUAAGGAGUCACAGCAAUUACCUAGGUUUGAGGGUAGAAGAGACCAUGCCUGGGAGAGUCAGAAACUCUACAGAGGGAACCUGUCAUGGCACGGAGAUUCACUGCUGGUACACCACACAAAUAAUUACCGCUGCCAUGAUGAUAACUGCAGUUCAGAAUCAAGUGAAGGAGAAGAUGGUGAUGAAGGGGGCAUAUUAAGAAUUCCAGAAGCAGGAAAUCCUGACUAUGAGAAUGUAGCAGAAUCAUGUCCAUGGCAGGUUGAAGAAAGCAACUUAAUGUCUGGCCUCCCAUACCGCAGCCGCAGUGCUGUAUACAGUCCCACCCAUGAGCCAGCUGAUCUGCACAACGAUUCUGGCUAUAGUACCAAACUCUAUGGCAGCUCAAAGGGGCCUUCACCAUCUCUAUCAGGUCAGCUGGAUGUUGAAGGUAUCCUCCCCACACAAAGUAUGUUCACCUCAAAUAAAUUACCAAACAUGUGCAAACAAGCUCAACCUAACAGCAGUGCACCUUCACAAAACAGGUAUCAUGAGAGACGAGAAGAAGCUGGUGGGACCAACAUUGUAGCAGCAAGUCUUGUCUGAAAAUAUGCAGAUAAAUACUGAAAAUCUAAGAACCUACCAACAAACUGACAAUGGCUAUAUUUUGAAUUUAUAAUUAUUAGAACAGUAAAUAUAUGAUAACUGUUGUCAUCUGCAAUGUGAUGCCAUGUUAAGUGGUAUACAGGUGCCUAUCUACCAAACUACACAGCAUCAUAUCCCAGAAGACUGCAAUCUUAAUACAGUGAAAUCCCCAUUUAAUGUCCCUUGAUUUAAAGUUUACCCCAAUUUCAAGUCAAAUCAAUAAUGUCAGUGUUAAAUUUUCUCCAUUUAUGAUUUUCCUCAGUUUAGUGUUAAAUUCACUGCCCCAUACAAUCUUGCAUGGGAGUUUUACUGUAUUCACUACCACAAACAUCAUAUUAAAAUGCAUGUUCACAGACUUUUUAAAUCAUAUAAGAGGGAUUCUUUGUUUGUCACACAUCUUUCAUACUAUACAUUUCAAGAGCCAUGUCUCUCCCAUAGGAGCCUACAUUAUAAGCAUCCAUUGUUUAGUUUCUCUGCUUUUUAAGAAGUUUUCUUUUGUAUUACAUAGUAUCAAAAGUAUUCAUUAACCAGUUAAGUGUAUAUAUUACAUGUUCUUAUUUCUCCCACAGUAGAACAUUAAAAUUCCCUGCACAUUUACAUUUUUUACUGCAGCAUUUAAUUUUGUAACUGUUGCUUCCUUUUUAAAAUUCAAUAUCUCAACCAUGUUUCAUUAUAAAAUUAUGAAACAAAAGUCUCUGAAAGACCAAUUAUCAGAGUUCAUAUACCUAUAUUUUCAUUUAUACAGCUGUUAUAUUAAUGUUUAUAUACAUCUGUUUUUUUUUUGUAAAAUUCCAUACUUUUGGUUUUAUUCUCAAAAAGUACGACACUGUCGAAACUGAUAUGCAUUUCAGUUCCCAGUAUGUGAUGACAAAGUUACGUCUGAUUCAUGCACAUUUACUGUAUGCUGUCCUGAAUGGUGUCUGGUGUUUAGAAAC